AUAAAAAAAACGUUAAUUUGUGCAACUGCUGGUGUUUCACAGCAGGAAGUUAAAUGGAAAACACCUUGAAGUUCUUACAGUGUUUCGUUUGCUCUUUACAUAUGCGCAUAUGCUCAGCUUUCUCGGUUGAAUCCGCGUCUUUAUGUCGUGUAAAGCGAGCGGCUGAAGAGCAGAGAAGAGUUUUUUCUUUUUUUUUUUUUUCUUUUUUUUUUCUUCCUGAAUUUCUCCUCUGUGCGCGACGCGUACCUGAGAGGCGCAUCUGUCCUCCCUCCCGCUGCUGACGUCGGAGCAGUCAGAGGUUCGUCCUCGCAGGCUGCAAGUCAGACCGCUGGAGAAAUCUGGGAGAGGAGGAGUUGUCAAAGUUGGACUUACUCAGAGAAGGAGAACUCUUCCGAUCGGCCGAGCCCGGCUCCGGUUUAAUUUAAGGUGUGUGUUUGUUGUUUUUUUUAUCCUCCAGUCGGAAUAUCGCGUCCUGUUGACAUGGAAUGACGCCGCGCUCUCCACACAGGAGCUUCGAAAGCACGAUGGCAGCAGCCGCGUCCCUGCAGUGGAUCAGCCUCACCUCCCUGCUCUGGCUGGGCUCCUGCGUUCUGGCGGAAAAGAAAGUCUGCCAAGGUUUUACCAAUCGUGUAAAUCUUCUGGGCUCUAAAGAUGACCACUACCUGAACAUGGUGAGGACCUACAGCAAUUGUACUGUGGUCCUGGAGAACUUGGAGAUCACCUACGUAGAGGAGCACCGCGACCUGUCCUUCCUCAGGUCCAUUGAAGAAGUAAGCGGCUACGUUCUGAUUGCCCUCAACACAGUCCCGAGGAUUCCUCUGGAGAACCUGCGCAUCAUUCGGGGUCACUCCCUCUAUGAGGGAAAGUUUGCUCUUUCUGUGCUUUCCAACGUUGAUAAAAAGACAGGCCAGAGUACCACCGAGCUUCUCCUGACCAGCCUGACAGAAAUUCUCAAAGGAGGUGUAAAGAUUGCGGGCAACAAGCUUUGUAACGUGGAAACGAUACAGUGGUUGGAUAUUGUCAAUACUGAAAGUAAACCCAGCAUGGAACUCCCUGUGGCGGGAAGCAACCCAGCCUGUAAAAAGUGCCACCCAGACUGCUUCAAUGGUUCAUGCUGGGCACCUGGCCCAGAAAACUGUCAGACCUUAACCAAGCUGAACUGUGCACAGCAGUGCUCCAAGAGGUGCAAAGGACCCUCACCGAGCGACUGUUGCAAUGAGCAUUGCGCCGCCGGAUGCACGGGCCCCAAACCCACCGACUGUCUGGCCUGUCGAGACUUCCAGGAUGAUGGGGUGUGUAAGGACUCCUGCCCGGGCCUCAUGCGCUAUGAUCCCAACCUGCACCAGCUGGUCCCUAACCCCCACGGAAAGUACAACUUUGGGGCCACCUGCGUGAAAAGCUGCCCACAUAAUUAUGUCGUGACCGAUCAGGGUGCAUGUGUGCGGACCUGCAGCGGUAACACGUAUGAAGUGGACGAGGGAGGAAUCAGGAAGUGUACCAAGUGCGACGGACUAUGUCCAAAAGUGUGUAAUGGACUUGGGGCGGGAGAACUGACGCACACCCUGUCUAUCAAUGCCACAAACAUUGGCUCCUUUAAAAACUGCACCAAGAUCAGUGGCGACAUCACCAUCAUUCACACGUCAAUUUAUGGGGAUUCCUAUACCAACACACCAAAGAUGGACCCGUCCCAACUGGAUGUGUUUAAAACAGUUAAGGAAAUUACAGGGCACCUGUGGAUUCAAACCUGGCCAGAGAACAUGACUUCACUCAGUCCUUUUGAGAAUCUGGAAAUCGUUCGUGGGAGAACGAAACGCGGUAGCCGCACUGUGGUUGUGACACAGCUCAACAUCGAGAACCUUGGCUUCCGCUCGCUAAAGGAGAUCAGCGACGGAGACGUGGUCAUCAUCAACAAUCAGAACCUCUGCUACACGGAGGAGAGCCACUGGAAGAGGCUCUUCGUAUCACAAGGCCAAAAGGCAACAGUCUCUGAAAACGCAAAUGCUACCGUUUGUGCCCUAAGGAGCAAGACCUGCGACAGGAAGUGCACCGCGGACGGCUGCUGGGGCCCAGGCCCGGGCAUGUGUUUCGCCUGCCGUGACUACAGCCGCGGCAGGACCUGUGUCGACUCCUGCAACAUCCUGGAGGGCGAGCCGCGGGAGGCAGUCAUGAAUAAAGCCUGCGUGGAGUGUGACCCCGAGUGUCUACGCAUGAACGGGACUGCGACCUGCCAGGCGCCUGGUCCUGGAAACUGUAAAAAGUGUGCCAACUUUCAGGAUGGUCUGUCCUGCGUGUCCCGUUGUCCCCAAGGCGUGCCAGGGGAGAAUGACACCCUGGUGUGGAAAUACGCAGAUGAGAAUAGAGUGUGCCAACUGUGCCACAAGAACUGCACUAAGGGAUGCGCGGGACCGGGUCCGAACAGAUGCCAAGACGAAGGGCCCUCAGGUUCCUCCAUCAUUGCAGCAGGGGUGAUUGGGGGGCUGCUGGCUGUUCUGGUUGCAGGCCUCUCUGUCUCUGUGCUGCUGCGUCGGCGCCACAUCAAGAGGAAGAGGACGAUGCGCAGAUUGCUCCAGGAGAGAGAGCUGGUUGAACCUCUCACUCCGAGUGGACAGGCACCAAACCAAGCUUUGCUGCGGAUACUGAAGGAACCUGAGUUUAGGAAAAUUAAAGUGCUGGGAUCAGGAGCUUUCGGUACAGUUUACAAGGGUCUUUGGGUCCCAGAAGGAGAGGAUGUGAAGAUCCCAGUGGCUAUUAAGGUUCUGAGAGAGGCCACAUCACCAAAAGCCAACCAAGAGAUCUUGGAUGAAGCUUAUGUGAUGGCCAGCGUGGAGCACCCACAUGUGUGCCGUCUGCUGGGUAUCUGCCUCACCUCCACGGUGCAGCUCAUAACGCAGCUGAUGCCGUACGGCUGCCUGCUGGACUACGUCCAAGAAAACAAGGACAAUAUCGGCUCCCAGCACCUGCUUAACUGGUGUGUUCAGAUCGCCAAGGGUAUGAACUACCUGGAGGAGCGCCACCUAGUGCACCGUGACUUGGCAGCCAGAAACGUCCUGGUCAAAACUCCUCAUCAUGUCAAGAUCACUGACUUUGGGCUGGCCAAACUCCUCAACGCAGAUGAGAAAGAAUACCACGCAGAUGGAGGGAAGGUACCGAUAAAAUGGAUGGCUCUGGAAUCAAUCCUGAAAAGAACCUACACUCACCAGAGCGACGUCUGGAGCUACGGUGUGACCGUCUGGGAACUGAUGACGUUCGGCACCAAGCCGUACGACGGGAUUCCAGCCAGUGAGAUAGCCGGAAUCCUGGAGAAAGGAGAGCGUCUGCCUCAGCCGCCAAUCUGCACCAUCGACGUCUACAUGAUCAUGGUGAAAUGUUGGAUGAUUGAUGCAGAGAGCCGGCCUCAUUUUCGAGAACUGAUAGCCGAGUUCAGCAAAAUGGCUCGCGAUCCGCCCCGCUACCUCGUCAUUCAGGGCGACGAUCGCAUGCACCUGCCAAGUCCGACGGACACCAAGUUCUACCGCAGCCUGAUCAGCGGGGAGGACCUGGAGGAUGGCGUCGAUGCAGACGAGUACUUGGUGCCGCAGCACGGCUUCUUCAGCAGCCCCAGCACCUCCUACACACCGCUUCUUCACUCCAUGAGCCUCAAUAGCAGUAUAGGAACGAGCAUCAACAGAAACGGCUUAAAUAACGGAGUCCCAAGUCGAGACGGAAGCAUGGUCCUCCGAUAUAUCCCUGACCCCACAGACAAAUUCCUGGACGAGGCCUUCCAGCCGGCUCCAGAAUACAUGAACCACAACGGAGUCUCCAAUGUGAUGAAUCCGGUCUACCAACAUUCGUGUCCACCUCGCACCCUUCUCCCAACCAUCUCCUCAGACGACACAGAGUCAGAGUACCUGAACUACUUUAAGAACGGGGCCGUCGGGCCCGAAUACCUCAACGAGCUUCCGUCUUCUACCACCCUCCCCCUUAACUCCAACAACACGGCCAACGGCGGUCAGAACUACAGGCCUCAGAACAGCAUAGACAACCCAGACUACCAACAGGAUUUCACCCCCACCUUGAAGACCCACGCAAACGGACACAUACCGGCAGCGGAGAACGUAGAGUACCUGGGUCCCGACUGAGGACUUUACGGGAAAACAAAACGAAGAAAUCAAUAGAUAAGAGUCUGUUUUCUGUUCCUCUGGGAAAGAUGUUUUCUGUGGCUGGAUAUUCAAUAUGUGGUACCAUCAGUCGAAACGCGUGCAAACAGUUUUUUUCCCUCGGCGCCCAAAAGUAAAAUGACUUUUCCAGGAUGAAAACUGGACCGGAACUGGGUUGAAUGCGCCGGUCUUUGAGCUGCCGGUCUUAACAAUCAGAGAAGGACAGCUGCAAAAUGGAUUUGAACUUUUGUUGCAUGAAACUAAAACGGCUCAACCUGAGAUUGACCAGAGGUACACGUAUGGCUCUAGACCUGCUAGUAUUGGACUCAGCAUUUCUCUGUGAGGAAGUCAAGAAGAUUAGCAGGAGUUUUUUUUUUUUUUGUGUAAGCGCUUUUGUUAAGGUUAUGGAAGUCGCAUCCGGUGAGAGAUAAAACCUUGUGUGUAAAAUGUAGAAUUAGUGGGAUGGUUGUCUACUGAAAGAGGUUAGGGUGCAUCAGACACUCAAUGUGAGAGCAAAUGUAGCUGAUGGGACUGUGGUCAUUUUCACUACGUUGUGUUUUGUAGCUCAAACUUUGCAGCACUUUGUAACAGAACUAUAUAUUUUUUGCAGAUUUGAGUGAGCGCUUCCCUACAAGAAUUGUCUAAAAUCAAAGCCUCCCUUUAAUUUUUGGCUUAGCAAACAUAAACCGUGAAAUAAAUUCUGUGUUUUGGUCCCAGGUUUUAUUUUUUUUAUUUUUUUUCCCCCGCAUGUACAAUGUUUAUAAAAAGCUGGGUGAACUGAGACUGUCUGUGUGUUAUUUUUAGUUGUAAUAUUUCAUUGUGACGUAUUCUAAGUAAUAUGUGUGGAGAAAAAUAUAAAUGUCCGUUUUUUAUUUGUUCUGUAAGACAGUUUCACAUGGCGUUGACGCCAUAAAUGUGAGUCCUCCUCUUGUUUUAAAGUCAGCCGGUCUUGCAAGAGAAUUACCUCUGCAAUUAUCGUUCCUAGUUUUAAAGGAAUAAACUAUUGUAGCAUUGUUUUUUUUCAAGAAUUUACACAGGUACAUGUACAGACAACAUUUAAUAUUCUCAAAUAUACUCCAAUAUAGCUGUAAUUCAUACUCCAUACAUCGUUUUGUCACACCUCUAUGUGAAUAUGCUUAUUUCUGAUUGUCACCGUAUAUCUCGCCAAAGUAUAUGAAUAAAUCCUUUUUUCUAUAAAAAAAAA